AUGCCUUACGAUCCCAGAACUCCUAGCCCUUACACUCAGUGUAUCCUACACCAAGACCGACCUUAUCUGGUUUCACAGAUAGGUCAUCAGAACCCGUUCAUUAUAUACAUUUGCAGAAACUUUCAAAAGGGCCAGUCGUACUACUUAGAUGCGAGCCGCGCAGAACCUCCAGCAACAGAGAUUUUCACUGCUAUCACUACUUUGACACCCACUCCCACACAUACCACAAAUACCUUGAUCACUCCAUCGCCUGCCCAGCCCGGAAUGGACAACUACAACAAGUCUUAUGCCUUAGGCUGUGAGGACGCUUACGCCUCAGUGUCUUCCCUCUUUUCCGUCUCUUUUAACAACUUCAUCAAGUUGAUCGGCGUGGCCAGUAGGAACUAUAGCCAGCUCACGGCUCAGAAUCACGUUAGCGUUUCUACUUUUGAUGAAGGACCACGAGCGAAUCUCACAUCUACUACAUCGUCCGCGACCACGAGCGCGGGCAACGGCAUCCAGACGCCGCAGCCCACGCAGGCCGACAUGGUUAGCAACUGCAACAAAUUUCAUUACAUUAGGAAUGGUAACACCUGCGGCCAGAUUACGUUCUAUCACCGCAUCACUCAGGAGCAGUUUGCCCGAUGGAACCCCAAGAUUGGUAGCAACUGCACCAGCCUAUGGCCGGACCACUACGCCUGCGUCGGCGUCGACGUAAAAUCUUUGACACCUGUACCGACUCCGAGUAGCAUCGCUCCAUCUAACGGCAUCGAGGCUCUAAGCAACAUCACUUCAUCUAACGGCAUCGAGGCUCCAAGCAUCAUGGAGGCUCCAAGCAUCAUCAAGGCUCCAAGCAUCAUCAAGGCUCCAAGCAUCAUGGAGGCUCCAAGCAUCAUCAAGGCUCCAAGCAGUAUCGAGGCUCCAAGCAGUAUCGAGGCUCCAAGCAGUAUCGAGGCUCCAAGCAGGAUCGGUUCAUCUGACGGCAUCGAGGCUCUAGGCAACAUCGAGGCUCCAAGUAGCAGUAUCGAGGCUCCAAGCAGCAUCGCUCCAUCCAACGGCAUCGAGACUCUAAGCAGCAUCGCUUCAUCCGACGGCGUCGAGACUCUAAGUAGAAUCGCUCUAUCUAACGACAUCGAGACUCCGAGUCGCAUCGCGCCAUCCAACGGCAUCGAGACGCCGCAGCCCACGCAGCCCGAAAUGUUCCACUACAUUUGGAAGGGCAAUGCCUGCUGGCAGGUCACUUCCCAUCGCGGCAUCACCCAGGAGCAAUUUGCUGAAUGGAAUCCAAAAGUCGGCCUAGAAUGCGACGGCCUGUCGUAUGAGGCCUAUGCUUGUGUUGGUGUUCUGGAGGCCGCGCUGACUCCUGAUGCGACAGCUCCGUCCAACGGCAUCGAGACUCCGCCGCCUACACAGCCUGAUAUGGUGAGCAACUUGCCAAUUGUUUCAUUGGAUCGGCCAAGGCUAUUCCUGCGGCCAAUUCAAGUUGUAUAA